GAUAGAAAUCAUUUGAAUGAUUGAUGGGCUCCCAAAGCUUACAAAAAUCUCACGUGUAUAAUAUAUAUACCAAUCUCUGUUUCCCCUCCAAGCCGUACUCCUCCCAAUGCAAACAAAAAAAAGAAACACAAAGCACCAAAGCGAAAAAAAAAAAAAGGCCGACCCAUCAUCAGAUAAAAACGCUUCAAAACAAAUCAUCCCAUGAAAAAAAUCCAAGAGUUUUUUCUUCCUCCCAUUGCUGCUCGUCAUUCUAUAUACACACACACGCAAUACGAUUUUCGUCAGCGCCGUCUCGAGAUUUCCUUCCCCCUUCUCAACCAUUGCUAUUCCUUUAGCGGGCUCGUAUGAUGAAUCUCUUUGUCCCCCCAACUCUAUUGAUUUUAUCACAUUUCCUUCUUUUCCCGAAUCUUCCACUUUUUUUUUUAAAUCAUACUCUUCUCCCCUCAAGACUGGCUCUUUGCUUUUCCACAGUAACCUCAAACAUGGCACCAAAAGACCUUACUCCUUUUGACUCUUUUAGAGAUUGAAUGUGAAGAGAGGAAAGAAGGUGAAAAGACAGAGAAAAAAAGCACAGCACAUCAGCUCCUACCAUCUCACCCCAUGCCAUCUGACCUACACAGCAUGGAUAUAAUUGGCUGGGACACUGGCCGUCACGCCAGCCUUUUCGACUUCCGCCCAGCCGUCGCCGGGGUCGUCCUUGAUCAGCACAAAACGCUCGCCCUCCGUCAUGGAAUGCUCGGCUUCGCUCUGUGCCACGUAGUCGUACAGGGCUUCUACGUAUCGCAGCUUCUUGGCACCUCGCUUGGGCGCCACCGCAGGGCCCUUCUUCCUCGAAGCGGCGGCUAUUGAUGAUGUGGUUGACGUGGAAUAAACAGAGGAAGGACGGGCCGAUGCGGCGGGUGUUGAUGGCGCAACGUUGAGAUCGAUAUAUGUCGCUGGUACGAGACCUUCCUUAUAGCCAUCGCGGACCUUGACCCAGCCAGUACCAUCUGUAACACGCACAUGUAUCAGUUAUCAGGGACUUUCAAAAGAGAGAAGAAUUCGUUGGCACUCACCAUCUGCUUCCAAGACCACCACUUCCUUGCCUUCUGCCACCGAUA